AUGCGGGGCCACCUGGAAGUUCAGUCCGUCCCGUUGACCUACAUUCCUGAUCUGGGCGUUUCAAAGUCGCUGACGACAUCUGAGGCAGCCACGCUUAUCUCCAUUGUGGGAAUCACAAACAUCAUUGGCAGGAUUAUGUCGGGCCUCAUCACGGACUGCCUCAACGUCAACUGCACACACACGUACAUUGUGACGUUAUUCAUGGCUUCCGCUAUGAGCUUUCUCAUGCCGUGGUGCAAUGGGUUUGCAACAUUGGCCAUAUGCAGCGGUGUCUUUGGACUCUGCAUGGCGACGCAUGUAUCCAUGCGGACAAUUGUACUGGCUGACCAUUUGGGCAUUGAACGGUUGACCAGGUCGUUUGGUCUGGUAGCGCUGUUCCAGGGCGUGGCCUUUCUCACCAACGCCCCUCUUGCAGGUUUCUUGUACGAAACGUUCGACUCCUACGUAAUGCCGUUCAGUUUCGCUGGAUUGAUGUACUUCCUAUCAGGACUGUUCUGUUUGGCUGUGCUCUGCCUUGAUAAACAUUCGAAUAGAGGGAUUGAAAUCAUAAUUGAGACAAAGGAUAUCGGGUGAAGAUGUAUCUCUGCUCUUGGUAUUACACCUUGAAGGAUAUCAUGAGACGUUUGGAGAACAUCGAUGUUAGUUACCCACUGAUGUUCAUACGAAAAUAACGGUAUAUAGACACGUGUAUAUAGAUAACCUCUCAUGUAGGUGUUCCACUAAGACUAUCGAUGACAGUUUGCUCACUGCAAAGAAGAAAACAAGAAAAAAAACAAUGUGUUGAGACAGCCCCAAGCACACUUUUAGGAUGAUAGCUUACCGUGAAAUUUUGACGGUGAUUCUUAAAAGGACAGAAUCAGGAUUUUAUAUAUAUAUUCUCUAUAUGCUCCUAGUAUCCAUUUUUAAUGUCUCCCUUAUCUAUCUAUAGAAAUAAGUGUCAGACCCAAUUGCAUUAACCUUAACGAAGUUGUGAAGGAACUGUGACUUAUUUCAUGCUUUGUUUUGAAUAUCAAAGAUGUUUAUAAAGAUGGUUAAGGCACUGGGUUGUAGCUGUGAAGUAUCUCAGGCUUCAAAGACUGAUUACAUUAUCCACAUCGUGUUGCUGUCUGAUGAUGCUACGCACUAGCGGAUACAGGGAUGAGAAAGGGAUCACACCUAAAAGUGCGCCCCCCCCCCCCCCAAAGUAGAAUUAUUUUAUUCGCCCCUGUUAUAAUGUGAUUCUGCUUGGUGUAUGUGAAAAAUAAAAAACAGGAAGAAAGUAGGGAUACUUUCUCUGUUUCCAAGAAAUCAGAAGUGCCCUUAGUGUUGACCAUUUAAGCGUUUGCCUCCUGUGUCGAAUCUUGGAUUCGCCCCUGUUAAAAUGUUAUUCUGCUUGGAUAAAUAAGAAACUGGAAGAAAGGAGGGAUUCCUCUUCUGUUUCCAAGAACUCAGACAUGUGCUUAAUGUUGACUAUUUAAUCUUUUGCGCAUUUAUCAGCCAAGCUCUAUGUUUAUGUUUUACAUUUUUAAAGCAUAA